GAUAGCUCAAUAACCAAUCCCAUAAGAAUAAUGGCUUCCCCCCAAAACUCUAAAUCUGAAAGCCAGAUUUUGGCAGAGAUCAUCAUAGCCCGCAUUACGCGAAUCCAUGCUAGCAUAUCCAAAAUCGACUCUUUGAGGCCUUCAAGAUUAGUCAAUGAUCUCUUCACCCAUCUUGUGAAAAUAUGUACUCUCCCUUUAUCCAUAGACGUUAAGGCCUUACCCAAAGAAGUUCAAAGUAUGGGAGAAAGUCUCAUAGUUCUAUGUGGCCGUGCUGAAAUUUUGUUGGAGCUAGACUUCGCAACAUUUUUAAAUAAAAUCCCACAACCCCUAAACAAUCUUAUUCUCUUCCCCUAUUAUGGAAAUUACAUUAAGCUAGCCAAUUUAGUAAACAGAGUCCUCAAAGAUCAUGGCGUUGAACAACCCAUGAAGGUUGCCUUCGUGGGUUUAGGUCCAAUGCCUCUUACUUCUAUUAUUUUGGCUACACAUCACAUGAAGUCCACUCACUUCGACAAUUUUGAUAUUGAUGAGGCAGCCAAUGAUGUGGCUCGCAGAAUAGUUGCUACCGAUGCUGAGCUCGAGAAGAGGAUGAAGUUUCUGACUUUUGACAUAAUGGAAGUGAAAGAGAAGCUAGGGGAAUAUGAUUGUAUACUUUUGGCCGCUCUUGCAAGGAUGACUAAAGAGGAGAAAGUAAAGAUUCUUGGGCAUAUUAAUAGGUAUAUGAAGAAUGGAGGAGUUUUGCUCGUGAGAAGUGCAAAAGGGGCUAGGGCAUUUUUGUAUCCUGUUGUGGAGGAGGAUGAUUUGUUGGAUUUUGAGGUUCUCUCAAUCUUCCAUCCCAUUAAUGAUGUGAUCAACUCUGUUGUUCUCGUUCGCAAGGCUAUCUGUUAGUCAGGAGAUCAAUGAAAUAUGAAUGUGAUGCUAGAUAGUGUUUCCUUAUUAAUUAUUGGAGACUCUUAUUUAUCUAAGAUCACUUAAAUAGAUGAUGUAAAAUAUUUUUAGUG